AUGGACAUCUCCACCAGUGAUCGCGUCAGUUUUGCUGGCGAAAAGGAAACAAGCCACUCUCAUGAAAACAACAAAUCUAAGGCUGCUGCCACCUACGACCUUGAUAAUCCAGCGGUUCUUGCUAAAAGUCUACAUGAAAUCAAGGCUGGCAAUAUCAGUAACUUUGUCGUCGACUUCAACGACGAAUCAGCCAUUGUCCAGUUCAACUUGGAAGCGAAAGACUACAACGAUGUGGUUACGGCGGAUCGUGCCGAUGCUCCGAACACUCGUUGGAUCAAUAUUUGGUAUCCUUAUCAGCAACGUGGAACUCUGGAAGUGUUGGCGCAGCGUUAUGAUUUCUCACCUCGGCUACUCGCGUUGAUGUUCUCAAAUCCUGUACAAGAACGACGUGGAGAUGCUUGCCCAUCAUCGGCCGACCGUUCCAGUAGAUGGAAAUGGCGCAACCGUGAGGAUAGAUCGGCCGAAGAUAAACUGGAAGCAGGUAUGGAUGAGCUUGCCGAUCAAGCAUCUAUCUGCAGUGCUGGGAGUCUAGGUGAAAGCAAUAUCUACUGGCUCUUGAGUGAUCUAUGGCACUAUUCAUCCGUGGACUUUGGCAGGAGUUAUGUGUGCGUCGGCUACAAUACUAUCUAUGGUACCAAGCAUGCAGGAGGCGAGGAGGGAUCUGGGCCACUACCUCACUGUACUCGCGUGUGGACGUGGCUUUUAUUGUGCGAAGACAGCACCGUCAUCACAAUCAAUGAGGACCCGUUCCCUGGAGUCGAGGGUGAGUUGUCGAUAUUGCAGCAGCGACUUCUGAUCGAAACACGACGAAAUGUCCUCAACGUCUUCAGAUCCCUCUCCAAAACCGACGAGAUGCCAUUGAUGACCAGAAACCCAUUAACUGUACUACCGAUUCGCACCCGCAUUGGAGAUACACCUGAAGAGACUGCACAUCGUGAGGCCGACGCACCAGGUCUGCUAUUCUAUUAUCUCUUCGAGAAUUGGCAGAAAAGCUAUUCUCUGGUGACACGAAAAGAGAGCCGGUACGAUGUGGAGCUACAACGAAUUAGACAAGAAAUGUUCCAGCGCCCGGAGCUGGGUCAGGUCGAUCGUCUCGACAGUAUUGGAAAGGAACUAGGCGUGUUGCGUCGGCAUUAUGAGAGCUACAACCGCAUCAUUCUGCGCCUUCUCGAACCAGUCAAAAUCACUGGGGCCUCACUUGCCAACUCUCGUGUCGCUGGUCAGCUGGUAGAACGGGCCUCGUUUGAAACCGUCAGACCUGCUGCCAUCGUGCCUGGAGAGAGUUCGCUUGGGGUGGCGCUGAGCGCCGCUGCUCGAGUGAGAUUCAAGAGAUUAAAAGACAUGAUUGAUCUUUACGCGUUGAGUGAGGUUGAAGAAUACAUCAAACAGAAAGACUCGCUAGUCGCCAUGAACUUCAGUCUCAUCGCGAUCAAACAAUCGACUGACGUCGAGCGUCUUACCCGCGUCACCCUCCUGCUCACAAAAGCCACCUGUCUAUUCCUACCAGUCAGUUUCCUGACGGGCUAUUUCGACAUCACUCUGUCAGGGACCGAAUACACCGUCGCUCAGUUCUGGAUAGCAUUUACUGUCGUGCUCGUCUUGAGUGUAUUGGCAUUGUUUGCAUUUGGAGCAUUCAGUGAAAGCAUGCAGACGGCCGAAGUCUGGCGUGGUGUGCGCAGAGGUUUCAGACGCCUCAUGAAGAAAAUCGACUAA